CGCAACAGUGAACUGCAGUCUGCACGUCAGUCGGCACCGUCUAUCGAUGAUAAUAACGUAUUGCCGCGCUCGCGCUCCACACGCAAAACGCUACGCUCUCGCACACGGCCGACAGCUGACCCGACUCUGUGGACAGUGCCCGUCUCCGGUGUCGUCGUCGUCAGACGUCAGUACAGUGCGCGCGUGAUACGCACGCGGCAUAUUCAAAUGUCACGUCGUCGUCCGAUGUGUUAUUAUCCUUGUUUAUUAAUAUUAUUACCGUACAGUUAAUUACCGUUACUUAAUAUCUUGUAUUGUGUAUAGAAAACAAAAAAACAAAAAUUAUUAGAUAAUUAUUUUGCCUCUCCUCUAAUUUUUUUUCCUUCUGUUUUAUUAACUUAAAAUUACCGACAAAACCAUGUGCUGCGUUCACAAUGUAAGACGCGCCGUCGUUUCGGUAGCGCUUUUAGCUGCCACCGUCUGUGCUUGGGACUUAAGUGUGGUAACUCAGGCUCAGAUACAGUUCCUCAAGCAGAAUGUUAUCGAAAGCACUGCGGCCGAUCAACUUAAAGACAUGAUAGCGGCCGCCUACGAUCCUAUUACAGAAGAUAUAUACGUUAGCGAUUCCAAUCAUAAGAGUGGAAGUAUAUUCCGGAUAAAAACAACUGGAGACGACAAAUACGGAAUCAUUCAACCCGUUGUUACCAAACAAUCGUCUCCUGUACAAGGAAUUGCUUUUGAUUAUCAAACGUCCACAUUGUACUGGACGACCGGUAACGGUCUGAGUAUAAAACAAUUGACAAUACCUAAGGACGACACUCAGUUACCACUAAGUGGUUCAGUCUUAUUCAAGUUCAAGGAUGAAAUUCCACAGGGUAUUGCAGUCGACACCUGUAGAGGGUAUUUAUAUUGGACAAACUGUAACCAUCUGAGUGCAAGUAUUGAACGUUCACGUUUAAAUGGAACAGACCGUAAAAUUAUUGUCAGUGACCAUUUAUUCCAACCAUUGAGCAUAGCAAUUGAUGUUGAAAAUGGUCUUUUGUACUGGAGUGAUGAACGAGAAGGUAUUUACUACAGUAUUGAGAGCAGUGACCAGAACGGUGGUAAUAGGAAAACUUUAAUUCACGGCACUCACCAUCAGCCUUUUGCUGUUGUUUUGGACAAUCUAAACAUAUACUGGAGCGAUUGGAUUAACAAUGCUGUGUGGACUCUGCCCAAGAAUUCAUUCCAAGGCGGAGUAGAACCUUUAUUAGUUAAAAAGUACGAGUCCAGCAAUACUCCAAUGGGACUGUUAACUCCAACUGGAUACUCGACUUAUGUUAACAAAACUUAUUGCUCAGCAUACACAGAAAAGCACGUGGUAAACACCACAAAAAAUCAAGAAUUAAAUCCCGAACUAAUAACCUAUGAAGUACUGAAGAAAUUGUGUAAAAACAACGGAAUACUGCACGCCAACGGUACAUGUACGUGUAGUGUUGGAUUUGAAGGCGAUAACUGUGAGCUAUCCGUGUGUGAUGGCUACUGCGUAUCUGGAACGUGUUCAAUAUCCAGUUCCGGACAACCCGAAUGUGCAUGUUCUCCAACAAGUUAUGGAGAUCGGUGUGAGAAAUACAUGUGCACUGGUCAAUGCAUGAAUGGCGGUGAAUGCAUACUGGAUACAUCAGAUAAUCCCCGGUGUGAAUGUCCAGUUGGAUAUGCCGGUGAAACGUGUCAAUACAAAGCCGCUUGGCUAAAUGAAGUAUGUUUGGUUUACUGUCAACAUGCUCCUACGCCUUCCACAUCACAUAUUUGCAGUUGUAAUGAUUACAAUAGAAAGUAUGAUUACACUGAAAUGGGAAUGCUAAACCCAUCAAACAUAUCGUCGUGUAAACUUAGCAAAACCUUGACUGCUGUGAUCACCAUUCUAGUAGUUUUCGCUGCUAGUUUAGGUACUUUAUCCUUGGUGCUAUAUAGAAAAGUCCGGUUAUUAGGUCGUCGACCACGGAUCAAGAAGCGUAUUGUAGUCAACAAAAGUGUGACUCCGUUGACGUGUAGACCACCGCAACAGAACCAACAGUGUGAGAUCACCAUCGAAAACUGUUGCAACAUGAACAUUUGUGAAACUCCAUGUUUUGAAUCUGAUUUUCGAGUGCCAAAACAUAGCUUGAUGUCGAGUAAACCUCAAAAAGAAGACAAAGCCAACCUACUGAGUAACACAGAUAUGUCGAGCGAAGAUGAAAAACCAUUAUAUUGAGUUUUUAUUUUUUUUGUAAUUUAUUUUUUUUUUUUACCAACUUGAGGGGCUGUAUUAUUUUUAGUUGGACAAAAUGUGAUAUUUUAUUGUUCCAAGCCAUUUUUACCUUUUUAUUUGUUAAGGCAUAUACAGGUUGUAGCUUUUGGUAGAGCGUGGCGAUUUGUUUUAUAUUAAAACUAGAUAGAUUGAGUUCUAAACAUUUUCUUAAUCACGCAAGUCAUACGUUUGGUCAUUCUACUGUUUAAUGUUUACUUAAUU